UCGACAAUCCCCUCUAAAACGUAAAAGAAUGUUAAAAUUUCGACAAGACGUUGCUCUCUCACCAGAUAAUUUUGAAGUAAAUCGUAAAUGCUCAUUUUUUUCAAGCCAGCUUGGUCAUAGUAAAGCGACUAUCAUUCUCAACAACAUAAGUUUACCUUUGGCAUGGCCUAGUGAAGAAAUUAUAAACUUUGGCGAAAGAAAAGAUUGGCGUGAAUUUACUGUGCAACUUGUAUUGAAAUCUAAAAGAAAUAAUGCCAGCCAAUUUUCAAAGCCAAAAGAGUACAUAAACAGAACAUUCACAGAUGUGGAAUUUCCGGAGGAGUUUAUAUUUCCCGAUGAGGAUCCAGACUUUUGCAUUGAGGCUGGUUCUAUGGUGCAAGCUGUUACACAUUCACUUGGGCGCUCACUUGGUCUUUCUUGGAAAAAAUACCAACAAAAAGAAGAAUAUCAAAAUAAUCGAGCAUCAGCUACUCGUUUUGCAUCUCGAAUAGAAAGCAAUAUUGGAGGAGCUCCAAAUAGGCGUUUCCUGGAAGAACUUCGGAAAUUUGGUAUUCGGGAAGAGAGACGAAAUGGGUCUGGGGUGGAAAAAGCUCCUCAUCCAAAAAUUCUUAAAGAAGAGCAAGACUACAUCAUUGGGUUUGCAAGAUUUUGCUUAUCGGAUGCAAUUUUAAAUGGCAAAAUACACAGCUAUAUACUUGAGAAAAUGUUACCUGUUCAGAAUCUUUUACCUAUUUAUGGAAAUAUUAGUGCUCAAAUUUUUGUUCAGCCAAUUUCUCUAAUUACUCCAUUGGCGCAGGGAUAUCUAGAUAUUUUUAUUCCAAAUGAAGGUAUUUUGCAUCAACAAAUAUAUUGCGAACUCCAAGGAGGACAGCUUUGUUGCUGGGAAACUAAUAAGGUGGAAAAUGCAAUUUUGGGUCCAAACCUGCAAUUUAGCAAAACGGCACCAACAUUUAGUUUUCAUUUUAAUGGGAAAGAAAGGCUCGAAAGAACAUCAUUUCCAACUGCAUUUCGCCUAAUUUUGUUUAAAGAGCACAUUGGUGUGCCAAACAAGGAUGAGAAUCAGUGUCUUUUAUGCAUUUGUCCAUCACAACAUGCUUUGAUAGGAUGGCGUAAUGCAUUAAAUCUACAAAGCCUUGACUAUAGCGUAUGGGCAGAGUUUGGGCAAAUCCAGCAUAAUUCUUUGGCAUGUAAACCUCGAACAAACUUCCAAUCAAAAAUACAAAACAUGAAAAAUGAUUUAAAGGAACAGAAGACUGCUUUCUCAAAAAGGACGUUAUCGCUAAUAGGUAACGAUCGACAGAAGGGUGGUGAAGUGGCAAGAAAUAAUAUUCGGUCAACAAAUCAACUUUCAUCGGCAUGCAGGAUCAGUCUACUACAAGUUUAUAAACAAAAACAGCUAACAAAAAAUGAUAAAAUUACGUCAGAAAAUGUGAUAUCAGAGAAACCUCAUCAAAAUGAUUCAAUUAAAAGUAGAAAGAAACAAACACAAAAUUAUGUACUUUCAUUAAAUAUUAGAGGAGAAUGUAUAAACAAAAAUGAUAAAAACAUCCAAAUUCAAUCGAGAGAACAAAAAGGCGGCAACCACCAAAUGUAUAACAGAAAUAUAAAUGAAAUUAAUAAUAACAAUAAUGAAAACAUUCAAAAGAAGCCUAAUUUUGAUUAUAAUCAAUUAAUUAAAAAACAACAAGAAAGAUCAAAAAAGUAA